CCUUUGGCUCUCCUACAAUUUCUUAGGCUUUCUGCCCAAAGUGCUAAUUCCUGCAUCUUUUCAAAGGGUUAAUUUAACAUGGGGAGAGUAGCUUUAGAAAAUGGCCUUUAUUAUGUUUUAUUUCAUUCAUUCUGCUGGAAGUUCCUUGUUCAACCCUCUUCAUCUACUUCCAAAGCAGGGUUUUAUUUCCAUCAAAAUUCUCUAUAUUUUCUCAGCCUCUUUUAAUCUUAAUCCUUCUGUGUCCUUUUUGAUUGCAUCCUUUUCUCUCUUAAUCCUUCCAUGUUCCCUUUCCUUAUCUUUUUCUCUCUAUAUACAUGACAUAGUUUCUUUCUCUCAUCCUAAUUUUUUUAGAUUCUCUUACGCAUUCCUUUCAUAGUUGUGGCCUCUUGGCUUUGUCAUUCCACCAACUCUCCUUUUUCAUGUUUCCCAUUAACUCCAUACAUUUCAGUGGUCCUCUGUAAGAUCAUUUUUUUCAUUUUGUUCCUAAUCCUCUUCCUUUAUAUCUGCUUUCCUUUCAUUUGGUUGGGAGAUUAAUCUACUUUCUGAUACUUUCUCUUCCUGCAGUUGUUCUUUUGUUCUUGUUUCUUUUCCUGUCCUUUCCUUUUGCCCAAGAUCUACUUUUGACGCUACCAAAAAACAAACAAACAACCCUCUCAAUCUUAUAUUGCAAACAAUCGCAUUAAGCAUGCUUUUAAAUUUAUAUGAAUUCCUUUGUCAUGUCUAUAUAUGAAUAAAUUUAACCUUAAACCAUGCAUUCAAAACAAAUCUUUUUCUAAGCAGAUACUCACCAGUUACAAUUUUUAUUCUCCUGGAUCACCAAAUAGCCCAUUCCCCAGUAGGGGUUAAAAGCACUGGGCUAGAAACUGGAAGAUUUUCUGGCCCUGCCUUAGUCACGAAGGCCAGUCCAUCUCUCAGCCCUAGGAAGAAGGCAAUGGUAAAUUACCACUUCUACAAAUGUUGGCAAGAAAAGUACAGGGACUGGUCCAGGCAGGCAAAAGGAGUCAGGACUGACUGAAAGACCCAACUCUUCAUGACUUAACACUUCUUUACAAGGCACUUGAAGAAGGAAUGGCAGAGAAAGUGAACAACUUCCCCCCACUUCCUAAAUUUAUCCCGCUGAAGCCAUGCUUUUACCAGAACUUCACCGAUGAAAUCCCAAUUGAUUACCAGACUCUGGUGAGGAGGAUCUAUCGCUUGUGGAUAUUUUACUGCAUCACCUUGGGCGUUAACCUCAUUGCUUGCCUGGCUUGGUGGAUUGGUGGUGGAAAUGGUGUCAAUUUUGGCUUGGCAAUCCUUUGGCUCGUCCUCUUCAGUCCUUGCAGCUAUGUCUGCUGGUUCCGGCCGGUCUACAAAGCCUUCCGGUCAGACAGCUCUUUUAAUUUCAUGGCAUUUUUCUUCGUUUUCGGAAUCCAGUUUCUCCUGACAGUCUUCCAGCUGAUCGGUUUCAGUGGGUGGGGAUCAUGCGGGUGGAUGGCUGCCGUAUUGUUCUUCGGCAUCAGCGUUGGGGCUGGUGUGGUCAUGCUCUUCCCAGCAAUUAUGUUCACCUUGUGCGCUAUUGGGAUGCUCAUAUGCCUCAUCCGGGUUCACCGGAUCUACCGCAGCGGGGGUGGAAGCUUCCAGAAAGCUCAGAACGAGUGGCAGACUGGAUCGUGGAGAGAUCCUCCAAGCAGAGAAGCCCAGCACAGCAACUUUUCAGGAAACAGCCUCCCUGAGUAUCCAACAGUUCCCAAUUAUGGAAACCCCUGGUCCUGAUCCUGGCCGCUCAGGCAGGUCAUGUAGUUUGGUUUGAGUUGUUGCAAGAAACACAUUGCAGUCCUCAUUUGAGGCUUGCUCUCUUUUUCUCUUUCUUUCUCUUUCUCUCUCUUUCUCUUUCUCUCUUUCUUUUGAGGGGUGGUGCUCUUUCUUCCCCUGGCCAUGUUUUUAUUUCUGGUUCUCCCUUUUUGAUGGCAACCUCUUGUGCCAAGACAUGGCUGUUGCCCCCAUUUGACUAGCCCUAUCUUUACUGACAUGAAUCCCCUUCUCGACUCCAGCCUAUGUCACUUUUGCCAAUGGAUGCACAAGGAACGGGGUAAAACUGCCAUUUCUAUUUGACUGAUCCCUUUUGAGAGGGCAGCAGUUCACUGCCAGGUCCCCCGGAAGAUUUUGGGAAGGUGACUGAAACUAUUCCCACCUUUUCCCUGUUUUCAGUUUGCUUCUGUGCAAAUGCUGGCUCCUUCUGCCUUUUGGGGGUCCUGCGGCUCUAGAGAUGAUUGCGAAAGGAAAUAGGCGAUAGGCCCAAAGAGCAGAUCAUUCAUUAUGGCAACUAUUUUUGAUGCUCGCUGCUGCCAGAGCCGGAGUUUUGUAACUGAAUCCGUCUCCCAGGAACUCAACUCCUGGAAAUAGAAAGUUAACAGCAUGAUGAAUGUUCUUAACUAGCCUUCUGUCUGAACUUCUAGCUUUCCGUAUUGGAGAAAUGUAUUAUGGGCGGGAGAGUUCAAAUAUUGCCCCUGCUUUCCCAAAAUAGGAGCCAUUUUCCUGGAAGCUUUCAUCUGUUGAUGAUUUUGCCAAGAUAGGUCUUCGUUUUGUGUAUAUAUGUUUUGUUUGGAGUGUGUUUUAUGUUUAUCCUUUAUGCUUUCCUCCCUGCUGGCUAUUAACUUGCUUGCUAAAAUAGAAACUGAAGAUGCCUAUGACCUGUCCAAGGCCAUAGGCAUCUUUUGCUGGUCCAUGCCUGACCCUCUUGGAAAAAAUAUUCCCAUACUUGAACCACAGAACUCUUUUCAUUUCUGGUUCUGGCAGAUCACGUUCUGUCCAGAUUUUCCACUUUACCCCACAGCGGAUGGGUGAGAAUCUGCAGAACGUCAAGACGGAGAGUCAGGCUGCAUCUACAAGUAUUUGUUUCCUCAGAUUCUCUUGUGGGGGAUGUAUAAUAAUAGCCACUGAGUGCAAGGAGCCAUUAUACAGGCUGGGCCAGUUUGACGUUUUAGUAACUGAAGGCAGUUCUCAUCCAUCUUUUCCAAAACUCUGCAAUGAUCUUGGGGUGCUGUGUUCCAGUCAGUGCUCUUCUUCUCACCCUCUUCCCCAUAUGAGUCUAAUUCGGGCAUCCUGGGACGUGAUGCUCUCCCCAGAUUUUGAGCCAGUAUCUUACCUGAGAAUGCUUUUUGGAAGGCACCAAUGUCGUGCUACCUUGGGCAGCCCUGCCCCAUCUGGCCCUCUUCCAAUGUAUUGGGGCUGCAGCACCACCUAGCUUGGCUAGGCUGGUUGGGGAUUUCACAUGCUGUACCCCCCACAUAUCUGGAAGGGCCCAAUGGGGCCAGGCUGCCUCAGAGCAUUCAGACUCCCGAAUCUGCAUUGUCUUAGGGUAACACAGCCUAGGGUAGGGCUGUCUGCCAAAGCAUCUGGGCCUUACACCUUUCCCAGAUGCCUCAGCAAUUUGGUGCCUUUUCAAGCCAUUGCUUUCAUUUGCUUUCCAAGGAGCAGACUUGCACUGGGCUUUUUUUUUAAUUCUCCCCUUUUUUGCGGAAUGUAUUACUUUUUGGAAAAUGUUGUGGGUUUAUUUGAAAAUGUGAAAAAGCACUUCCAGACAGAAUGGAGAAUCAGGAUAGGACAGAGAAGUGGGUUGUAAUAUGUGCCUUAUCUGAUUUUACAUACUCUGGUCUGUUUCUUCUCCCCCCUCCCCGCCCCCAACCAGCCUUUUUACAUAUUUAGGGACCCUGAAAGGAUUCCCUCUUGGUUCAUUAAAGACCACCCAUUUUGUAAAUACAAAGGCCAAUGCCAUAGUUCUCUCCCUCAAGGAUAGGUUAACAAGUAAGCCAAAGAAAAUGAAAAUGGUUAGUGCUAGAGGCCAGAAACCUCUGCUGGGCUUUCUUUGGGAAUAGAUUCAUGGAAAGUGAGCCUCUCUCCCUGUGAGAUUUCUUGAUACAUUCCAAAUGUGGGCUUUGAAAAAUCGGUACCUGUAAUUUAUAAAUGUGUUGCACUUGUUCCAAAGUGCCAGAGAGCUGCCACUUUGGAACCGCCUUGCUGACAUCAUGCCGUUGCAUCACAUGGGCUUUAGUUCCUCUGCCUUUGCCUUAAUUGCUUUUUUUUCAACAACGACAACAACAAAAAAAUAGAGCCACAGAAAAACGUGCUGCCUAGCUAAUAGCUGCCCUGCAGGGUCCAUAUUAUAGGUAUGCCCCAGAUCCAUUCCCUCAGAGUAGCCCCCUGCUAAACAUUCCCUAAAUACCACCAGUUGCUUUUUACCCUGCACUCUGGACUUCCCAGUUUGGCUGCUGGGAGGAGAAAUGACGUGACUGGCUCCUGAAACUCAGGUUACCCAGGCAGGCCACUCCUGGGUGGGCAAGGCUGCCUUAAAAGCCUGUUGGUGGACUCCCAGAUUCCUGGGCGUUUUCUUCAAACGGGGGCUGUCUGGCAUCAGGCUUCCUGCCAAACUACAGAAGGGCCUGUGCCUUCUGCAGGAGCCUCAGUCAGCCAAGACCCCUGAUGUUCUCCUUUGAUGCCAGUGAAACAGCAGCAGCAACAAAUCUUGCUCCUCUUGGGCUCUUUUGCAAAAGGGGGGUUGCAGUGCAGGCCAGAUGUUCUCUGGGUACCGAGCCGGAAUUCUAAUACAAGAGAAGAAAAUGUGCUGGAUGAGACCUGCAAGUCAAAUUAUCCAAGCAGAAAGCCAUGGCCAAAAGUCUGGGCUAACGUUUGGGCAAGGGUAUCUCAUGCAACCGCCUCAUUUCUGUGCCAUGCCUCUGCCCACCCCAGGAGCCCCACCGGCCAGGGUCUCCUGUGCAGUUUCUGUUUUGGAGCUAGCUCCCCUCCCCAAAUCUCGCUGUGCUUCAGAACAACUUUUUGAGAACUGGACCGCUUGCCAAUGUAUCGUGUCCGCCAUUGUCUUAAUAUAAUGUACUUAUAACUCUAAAAUUUUGUAAAUGUUUACAUUAUUCCCAAGGGAACUAAUAUCAUGGGGGGAAUGUGGAGAAUUAGCUCUACGAUCCUUAUUCUGCAUCAUGUUGUAGAUUAUUUGUUUGCAUUGUGAUGUGGUGUGGUGUUAAUUAAUUCAGUUCUUUUUUCCUUUAAAAAUAAAUGAAGCUUGGCUACUGGAA